UGACAGUGGCGGCCAAACUUAUCCGCGCCCCCAUUAAAUUGAGUUUUAAUGUGGGAAAUGUUGGAUUCAGAUUUAGAGUGUGGCUCAGAAUGUGGAGGACCUGGACCACCUCCGGAGUUUGUGAUUCCGCCGCCGCCUCGACCGCCGUUCCUGCAUGACGUCGCCUCCUGCACCGAGGAUCCCCUGCCCAACAUCGAGAUGUGCGAAGCCAUUCCGAUUCUGGACCCGAGCUACCACAGCAGCCCAUCCCUUCAGACAUCAGCCCUGAUCGUUCUCUGCUCCGUGGUUUUGGUGCUGGUUGUUUUGAUAUCAUCGCUGCUCGUGUGGAAACACAAGCGGAAAGUGCAGAACUUCUUGCCGUGCAAGACGCCGACGCGCGGAGGACAUUUAGACGCCGCAGCGGUUUCCGGUGGCCACUCAGUCACAUACGAGGAUCCCGAUGCACAUCUUGGCAGCCGACCGCUUGUCAUGCGGCACCAGCACAACAUGGAGAUGCUGCACCCGAAAUCGAUACACUUUCCCAGCGGCUACCCCAUGACGCGCUCCCCGCCCCUCUUCGUCUGCUCGUCCCCCGGCCCAGACCCUUAUCGCUCGCACGAUAACGUGUACGAGGAGCUGGGCCCGCCGCGGGAGUCCGACGGCGAGUCCGAGCCGCCCGUGCACUCGGACGAUGACUUUGCCGAGGACGAGCUGAGUCUGCCCGGCGAGAGGUCGUUCCACAAGACGUCUCCCGACAACUCCACCGUGGCCACGAUCUACCAGGAGCGCGGCGGCUCCAGCGGCACGGCCGCGGCCACGAGCAGCGGCAGCGGCAGCGCCAGCGGCAACGGCGAGCGAAGCACGAGCGAGAGGAACACGCUGCUGUCGCCGCCCACGACGAACGCCAGCGCUCGCAGCACGGGCAGUCGCGGCAUGAUGGCCAGUCCGGGGAGCAUCUUCAGGGGGCGCAAGGUGCACAGCACGCGGAACGGGAAGCUGCCCAACUUCAGUGCAGAUGAGCUGAAUACAUCGUCGGAGCACGACUACGCGCCCGACAUGGUGCUGUCGACAAUCUACGGCCAGCGGAGUCACCUGAUGACGCUGCCCUACAACACGGUCGCCGGAGCGAGCCACCCUGUGCCCGCCAGCCGGCGCAGCAACAUGAACUGCUUCGCCGCCUCGUCGACAAUAAGUACGGAGGGUGAGGAGGCCGAGGUGGAGCGGCGCAAUCAGAUCAACCGCGAGCUCUCCAGCCACCCUGUGGCGACGAUCUUCCGGGAGCGCGGCACGGCGCCGUAUCCGCGCAACUUCCUCACGCACCAUCACCCGCCCAACGCACGCACGCGCACGAAUCCGCGAUCGCUCGAUCGGCGACGCAUCAUCGCACCGGCGCCGGAUCCGAGCUACGGCUACGCCGAGCCUGUGUUCCACGACGGCGUCCUGUUCGAUCCCUACCUGGCACACGAUCGCGCACACCCCUAUCCCUAUCUCCUGCCCGAGUUCACCACGUUCAGGAACGCCCCGGGCGCGGUAGCGUGCCAGCAGCCGCUGGACGGGACGGUGGCCGCGGCGGCGCCCACCUUCGGCAGGGACUCGAGCUUCGGCAGCGACUCUGGCUACAGCCAGCACACGCAGACAUCGACCAGGAGCGGCUGGGGACGCAGCGGCCGGCGCGAGAGCGCCCCCAAGAAUACGCCCUUCAGCGCAUCUUGAGAUCCGCUGCGAUUCCUCAGCGGCGCGUAGAGCGCGACGCCACUGUAAAUAGCCGGCGGAGACCUGAGUAAGUGCGGAGUCAGUGAUAGGCGCGGGAAGGACGCAAUGUGAUUCUG